AUUCAACACAUUUGUUGAUAGACCGCUAAGGCGGUCACUACUCCAAUCAUGAGAAGCAAGUUUUUCUGUGUGAUUUUUGUGAUUUUUUACAAUUUUCCGCUGUAUCGACAAGAUUCGAUUGAGAAUAACACCAUUUUGAAACAGAAUGUUUCCACAACAGAGACACCCAUCAAAUCAAGACUUUUGUAUGAUUACCAAACACAUGCAGUAGCCUUUAAGGAUCUCAUAGAGUCAAAAUGUAUUUUGGAAAUUCUUAGUGGAAACGACAGCGUCAUCAGCAAGUGGAAUUUGAAUGGAAGAAGAGGUAGCAUAUCAAAAGAUUUCCUCCACAACGAAUUAUUGUCAAAACGUCAGAUAUGGAGAUUGGCUGGUGACCGGAUAACUGAAUUUUGUAGAGGAUUUCCCACAUAUCUCAUUAAAAACAAUGCAGACCUAACGGAAAACCAGGAAAUUAUACUUAACGAUUUACCCAAUUAUAUAAUUAAAAACCGAAGAAAAAGAAGUACAAGCCAUUAUUUUCAAGGACGAGUGAGGGGUCAAACGCAGUCUCAAUAUUUAAACUUUGGAAAAUCAGAUGAACCUGGAAAAGCUGAAGCUGAAUCUACUUAUGAGGGAUCCAAAGCAGUUGUUAGUGGAAGCAAUGGAAUGGGUCAGGCUCAAAGUCAAAGCAUUCCUUUUGGUUGCGACGAAUGUUAUGGCCGAGAUCAAGAUCAAACAAUAGAACUACAAAGAAUACCGGGAGGAAGAACACCAGAGUCAAUUAUUAAAAGACCAGGUGGUACUGAUACGAUAGGAAAACCGGGAUGGACUGGCGGCAGUGGGCACGGAGAGCCUGAAUUAACUGGACGUCCUGGACAAAUUACUGGUCCAGGACAAGUUACCGGUCCAGGGCAAGGAGAAAGGUGGACAGGUCAAACCGGUAGACCAGGUCAAGCACCAGGAUCAGGUCCACCAGGAGGUGGUCAAUAUGGAGUAGGGCCCAACCAACCAAAUGUUCCAUCACGAGGCACAGGACAAGAGGGAUGGCCAGGUCAAGAUGGCCAACCAGGAGGUUGGCCUGGACAAAAUGGUGGAUGGCCUGGACAAACCAGUGAAAUUAGACAACCAGGCGGAAUACGACAACCAGUUGGAACGGGACAACCAGGUGUAAUAGAUCAACCAGGUGGAUAUGGACAACCAAGUGGACCAAGACAACCAGGUGGAAUCGGGCAACCAGGGGGAUACGGACAACCAGGAGGGACAAGGCAACCAGUUGAAAUGGGACAACCGGGUGUAAUAGGUCAACCGGGAGAAUAUGAACAACCAAGUGGAACACGACAACCAGGUGGAAUCGGGCAACCAGGAGUAUACGGACAACCAGCUGGACCAGGACAACAAGUUGGACCAGGACAACCGGGUGCAAUAGGUCAACCAGGAGGAUAUGGUCAACCAAGUGAUAUACGACACCCAAGUGGAGUAUUGCAACCAGGAGGGUAUAGAGAACCAGGCGGACCUGGACAAACAGAAAUAGGACCACCAGGUAAAAUAGGACAACCAGGUGGAAUUCAACAACCAGGAGGAAUCGGGCAAUCAGGUGGUUACCCAGGAAGACCUGGUGAAAUACCACAAACAAAUGGAGGGCCCGGACAAAGUGGGGGUAUUCCACAGACAGGAAGGUGGCCUGGUCAAAAUGGAGGACAAGGACCUAGCCAAAUUAGUGGCCCAGGAAUAAACGCACCUUCAUAUCCUGGCGAAAUAGGUCAAACCGGCACCACCGGACAAAGGGGUCCUGGUCAAGGUGUAGGAGUGGAUCAAAAUGGAAGACCGAUAGGAGGCUGGCCAGCGAAUAUAGGUCAAACACCAGGUGGCGUCAGGGACCACGCAGGUCAACAAUGGCCAAAUCAAGUAGUUGGAUCUACACCAGGUGGUUCACAGCCAUCCACUCCAGUAGGUACUAUUGGGCAAGAUCAAGGACCCAGACAAACAGGUGGCUGGCCCGGUUCAAUCGAUUCACGUAAUCCUCAACUUCGUCCAGAUCAGUCUGGUAGUUCCGGAUAUGGAACUGGAGUGUUUGGGGGAAAAUUAAGUGGAGACUAUGAAGGGCAGCAAGGUAACUACGGUAGAUUUUCCGGUCAAUUUUCUGGCCAAUACGAAACGUAUGGACCUCAAGGUCCACCGCGACCAGGUGAACUAGGAUACGGUCCAGUUAGACAUCCAGAAAUUCCAAGUCAAACAGGUGGACCAGGACAAGCAGGAGGCUGGCCUGGGCAAAUUGGUACUCAAGUUGGAGGACCUGGUCAAAUCAAUAGACCAAAUCAAAUAGGAACUGGGCCUGGACAAGCAAGUGGUCCAGGACAAACAGGUGGUUGGCCUGGGCAAACAGGUGGUUGGCCUGGACAAACAGGUGGUUGGCCUGGACAAAUAGGAAGCCCAGGACAAACUGGUGGUUGGCCUGGCCAGGGACUAGGUCCAGAAGUUAAUGGAGGUAUAAACGGACCAAUAAGUGGAUGGCCAGGUCAGGUUGGAGGUCCCGGACAAGAAGGAAAUUGGCCUAGUCCGGGCAUUCCGGGAAGAGUUGAUGGAAGACCAAAUACGGGAUGGCCUGGAAAUGUAUUGGUCCCAGGACAAGUACCAAGCACUGUACAACCCGGUGGAUGGCCUGGUCAAAUUGGAGGUAGUUUGCCUGGACCAGGCCAGAUAGGAACUACAGGACAAACAGGAGGUUGGUCUCAACCUUCAUCUUCGGGGCCCGGUGGAGGCGGAAUUCAAACAGGGAUUUGGCCUAAUCAAGGAGGAAAUAUUAGUCCUAAUGGAGGUACCGGUCCAACUGGCGGUUGGCCUAGUCCAGUAGGGGCCCCAGGACAAAAUAUUGGUUGGCCCGGUCAAACUGGAACUCAAGUGACUGGUUAUCCUGGUCAAACUGGACAAACUAGUACUUGGCCAGGACAAGGAGGUGGAACAAAUCAACCUGGGUGGCCAAGUCAACCAAGUGGAACUAGUCAAUUAGGUGGUUGGCCUGGACAAGUAGGAGGCCAAGUGGGUGGUCAAGGUGGGGGCACUGGAACACCAGGUUUAGCACCUGGAGGAGCCGGUCAAGUUGGUGGAUGGCCUGGUCAAGUAGGAGCUCCAGGACAAACUGGUGGUUGGCCUGGUCAGGUAGGAGCACCAAGUCAAGUUGGAGCUCCAGGACAACCUGGUGGUUGGCCUGGUCAGGUAGGAGGACCAAAUCAAGUUGGAGCUCCAGGACAAACCGGAGUGUGGCCCGGUCAAGUUGGAGUACCAGGUCAAACCGGAAAUUGGCCUAGUCAAGGUGGUCCUGGUUCAUUUGUAACAGUACCUGGUCAAACGGGAGAAGGAAAUGGACAGAUACCUGGACUAAUUGGUGGACCCGGCCAAGUAGUUGGUGGUCAAAUUUCAGCGGUAGAAUUAGAUGAUUCUGAUUCACAAGUACAAACUUCUCUCCAACACACAGAAAAUGGAACAACGGCUGAAGCUCAAGCACAAGGAGUUUUUGGCGGAGGUACUGCGCAGUCUCAAGUUUCUGGAACUUAUUCCGGAUCUGGUUCUUUUAGUGCGUCUGCUGGAUCGGAUGAUGGUAAAAGAGGUGCCCAAACUCAGGUAUCUGGUGCAAAAGAGGGAGCUCAAAGUUCUGCUCAGGGAAGAGGCGGUGCAGGUCAAUCACAGUCACAAGUUGUUUUCUCGCAUGAAACUGGCCAAACCAGUUCGAGUGCACAAAGUGGUGGCCUUACCCACGGUACACAAUCGCAAGUUCAAGCAUCAGAAAAAGGAGGCCUAGCUGACGCACAAUCGAAUGGUCCUGGAAGUACAUCAUCUCAAGCUCAAAUCGGUUUUUUACCGUAUGACGAAAAUGACGCUGAUAACGGCACGGAAUCAUUUAUGGGAGGAGGUACAGCUGGGGCGCAAAGUGGCACUCAUUCCGGUAUGUCACAAUCCCAAGUUCAGGGAAGAUUUAAAUACGGAGUAAAAUAUACAGGAGCUGCACAAGCUGCUUCCGGAGGAACUGGAUUUGGUAAAAAUUUUACUAAAACUGGCCCCUUUAAUCCAACAGAGAUUAAUUUUAAUGUUGCAAGGGAGAAACUGUCACAGAAACAAGCUCAACAUGCAACAAAAGUAUCAAAAACUAACUCUAAAGAUGUGCCAAUCUCUGCUGAAGUCAGUCCAUCCACUACGAUAAAAGCACCAAUAAACGCAAAAAAAUUAAAUUCAAACCAACCAAAUAAAAAAGAUUAUGACGACGAGUAUUAUGAUGACUAUGAAGAUGAAACUGAAAAACCGAAAACCAGAAGCAUUAUUACACAAUCUGAUCACAAUCAAAGACAACACAUUAUUUUAGAUCCAUUAGAAGAUCUAGAUCUAACUGUACAUCAAAGUAAAGGUGAACUGCUUAGUGAAGGUACCGUUAUCCAACCAGGUGAGACGGUUCCAGGUAUUCCAGGUUAUAAAAUACCUCUUGGAUUUAGGGGAACAGUAAAAUCUAUAGCAAAUGGGCCAAAUACUUAUGCUAUUGGUAAAAAUUCUCAUGCUCAAAGCGUUACUCUUUCUCCUGGUACCGGAAAAAUUAUUUACAAAAAGCCGUUUUAUGCAGUUACAUCAAAUACUCAUUCAACAAAUGGUCAAUAUGGUUAUGGAUCUGGAUAUACAUAUCAACCUGCUUAUUCACCUGUCAAGUACCAAUUAAAAAGUGGCAAAAUAUUACCAAAUUUUAUAUCCAUGUCUAAAUCCGAGACAGGAUCAAGAAAUCUAUAUACUGGAAAGAAAACACCAAGCGUGUAUUAUACACAAUCGUCUACAUGUGGUAUUUUUACCAAUCAAUGUAUAUUUAAUGCCGGUAGAAAACUUUGUUUUCCUAAAGCAAAAACAAAUCCCGAUGGUACCAUAAUGGGGUGCUGAAUGUAUUUAUAUAUAGAUUAAGUUAUUAUAAUAAAAAAACUGUAAAUAUAUAAUUAUAA